AGGGAGCAGGCGGGUGGACUAGAGCCGCGCGGUCGGGUGGGAAGGGGGAGAUCGGGCCAUGGAGGACGAGCAGAGCUUCUCGGAUAUUUGCGGCGGUCGCUUGGCCCUGCAGCGCCGCUACUACUCCCCGUCCUGCCGGGAGUUCUGCCUCAGCUGCCCUCGACUGUCGUUGCUCUCGCUCACCGCUGUCACCUGCACCGUGUGGCUAGCGGCCUACGGACUCUUCACCCUCUGCGAGAACAGCAUGAUCCUCUCUGCUGCCAUCUUCAUCACCCUCCUAGGGCUGCUUGGUUAUCUCCAUUUUGUCAAGAUUGAUCAGGAGACUCUGUUAAUCAUUGAUUCCCUUGGCAUCCAGAUGACUUCAUCCUAUGCCUCUGGCAAAGAAAGCACUACCUUCAUAGAGAUGGGCAAGGUGAAGGAUGUGGUCAUCAAUGAGGCUAUUUACAUGCAGAAGGUGAUUUACUACCUCUGCAUUUUAUUGAAGGAUCCAGUGGAACCACAUGGGAUAUCCCAAGUAGUACCUGUCUUCCAGAGUGCCAAGCCCCGCCUGGACUGCUUGAUUGAAGUGUACAGGAGUUGCCAGGAGAUCCUGGCACACCAGAAAGCUGCAUCAGCAAGUCCAUGAGUCCCAGCAUUUCAGAAGGCCAGUAUUGUCUUCCAUGGGAGAGGACUCCUAAGCCAUAAUGGCUGGUUUAUUUUCUGUAUCCUAAACCAUCUGGUGGACACAGCUCUAAGAACCAGGAUGGAUGCAGUGGAGCUCAGAGCCACAGAGCAGGUGACUGGAAACCUUACUCAUUGUGUGAUGUGGAGCAAAGUAUUUGUCUGUUUUAGUGAUCCCCUUGUAAGGUUCUACCUACUUUAUCGUUUGAGGGGAGACCUUAAGCAGUGGUAUGUCAAAAGUAACGUUGACAAAGAGCACUUUGUGAAAUUCCUAAGCACAUGCAGGUUUACAUUUUGUAGAGUUUGUGGCGCAGACAUGGGACACUGACAGCAGAUUUCUUAAGAAACAUAAUUUCCUACUACACAGUACCUCUGUGCAAAAGUCAAGCCCUUCAGGUACUGGUGACUAGGAAGAAAUGUCCUACGAAAGACCAGUCUCUGUGCACCUACCUUCCGUGUUCUGUACAGGGUUAAUUUAUGAUGACUGUCUUAAUAAAUCGAUCCCCUUCCAAAACAUACACAGUAA